UCCACAGUGAGGAUGUAAGGGGUCACUGAUAAUGUUUUUAGCUCGGGAUAUGCAGCACAUUGACGCAAGGUCCUGAAUGGAGGAAAGAGAAGUCCCAAUGAUUUUCUCUGCUGCCCUCACCACUCUCCUCACAUUCUGUCAUUUUUUACUGUUCCUGAAAUCCUAUGUGGCGUAUUUUGAUAUUAUUAAAAUCCGUCAUUAACAAAUCCGUCAUUGUCGCGAACCCAUGCAGCCGCAGCCGAACAGGGCGCCGCCAUCUUGGAAGCUGGUCCUACCCCAGAGUGCUAUGGAUGCAGCUUUGAAAAUGGAUUUUGAUCUGCAGGGUUAUGUCUUUGAAGCAGCACCAGAGCAGCUUAGGGCACCAAAGAUUGUACGAGUGGGACUCAUACAGAACAAGAUAGUUCUUCCUACCGAUGCACCUGUGCUUAAGCAGAUUACAGCUCUGCACAAGCGAGUUGGUGAGAUAGUGGAUGUAGCUGCUGUUUGUGGAGUCAAUAUAAUCUGUUUUCAGGAAGCCUGGACAAUGCCUUUUGCCUUUUGCACAAGAGAGAAAGAGCCAUGGACAGAGUUUGCUGAAUCUGCUGAACACGGUCUCACCACACAUUUUUGCCAAGAGCUGGCAAAAAAAUACAACAUGGUGGUAAUUUCUCCUAUUCUGGAGAGGGAUGAAGUCCAUGGAGAAACGCUAUGGAACACAGCAGUUGUGAUAUCUAACACAGGAAAUGUAAUUGGGAAAAGCAGGAAAAAUCAUAUUCCUCGUGUAGGAGAUUUCAAUGAGUCUUCAUACUAUAUGGAGGGCAACACAGGCCACUGCGUCUUUCAGACGCAGUUUGGAAAAAUUGCUGUGAAUAUCUGCUAUGGUCGCCACCACCCUUUAAACUGGUUUAUGUACAGCAUGCAUGGAGCUGAAAUUAUCUUUAACCCGUCAGCUACUGUGGGAGCCCUUAGUGAACCAAUGUGGUCAGUUGAAGCAAGAAAUGCUGCCAUUGCCAACCACUGCUUUACCUGUGCCAUCAACAGAGUGGGCAUGGAGCAUUUUAAAAAUGAGUUCACAUCUGGAGAUGGAAAGAAAGCACACAAUGAAUUUGGCCAUUUUUAUGGCUCCAGUUAUGUUGCUUCACCAGAUGGUAGUCGGUCUCCAGGUCUGUCCAGAAUUCAAGAUGGUUUACUGGUAGCAGAACUGGACUUGAACCUUAAUCGUCAGAUGGCAGAUAAAUGGAACUUUAAGAUGACAGGAAGGUAUGAGAUGUAUGCUAAAGAGCUCACCAAGGCUGUCCAGCAUGACUUUAAGCCUAGUAUUGUAAAAGAAUAAAUCCAUCAAAAACUGCUCCAUGGAUCCAGGGCUGACAAUUGCUUUUCAUUUUUAUAUGUAGUUUAUAUACAAUUAAAUAUAAAUUUAUAGGCCAUGGAUUUAUUAAAUAUGACAAACAGAUUAAGUUUUGAAUUGAUGCUGAAUAUAUUGAAAUUAUAACAAACAGUAUUCUAACUUACACAAAUGUUUAAUCUAAUUUAAUUUGAUCUAAUGUAAUUACAGAUGUUAAGUCUUAAUAAACAUAUGCAUAGCGUCCUCGAGUUAAUUGUCAUAUGUUGUAUUGUUUUACACUUGAGGGUGUGCUAUCUGGAUUUUUUUUCCCUGAGUUUUGGUGUUUCACUGGAAAAAAGGUUUACCAGUUCUAUGUGUUUUUGACUGUUGCCAACUAUGCUUUUGUAAAUGUGAUCUACUUGAAAAAAGUAAGUCCUAAAACAUCAGUCAUUUUUGAAGAUCAUUUGUCCUUGAAGAUGAAAAGAAUGUCCUCGUCUGUUCCAUAGCUCUUUCUUGCCUCUUCAAAGUUGCUAACGCUAGUACAGCACACACCUGUUCAAAGAUAUGUAUGUUAGCAAAUUAGCAAUUUCAACUUCAUACAGUUAUUAGACAAGCUUAUAGCUUAUGUUUAGACAACAUUAGACAGCAUGGUUUGUGUAGAACAAUAUU